GUUGCUGUUCCUGCAACCUUCGGGUGGCAUCAUUGUGGCACUGCAGGAGGCCCAUGAUGGACAUGUCAUCUAAAGAAUGGGAGGUGGAGUGGAAAUGGUUUGCGACUGGGAGGUGCAGUUGUUUGUUGCGAACUGAGCGGAGGUGUUCUGCAAAGCAGUCCCCAAGCCUCCGCUCGGUUUCCCCAAUGUAGAGGUAGCCACACCGGGUACAGUGGAUGCAGUAUACCACAUUGGCAGAUUUGGCAUAAUUUAUAGCGAGUUUAAUUAGUAUGUUGAUUGUUUACAAACACAGUUAAUGUUUAUGUUAAAGUACCCAAUAUUGAAUUUUUGUAUCAAAUGUAUCCUUCAUUGCUUUUGAAACAUUUCGUUUGGAGAUUAAAAAAAAACACACACAUCGGAAUUUGCACUAUAUUCUUGGUCUGUUGCAGUAAAAAAAAACUCUAUCUUCUCUAUCUUGAUCUGGUUAGGAACAGAGGGUAGGGCAAUUAACCCCUUGAGCUUUUCCAUUUUGUGAGUUGAUUUGUUGCAUAACUUGGCAUACCUGUUUUUGCGUCAUUCCUUUGGGUGAUAAAAAUCUAUGGAUGUUACAUUUAAAAUUUUAAAAAAAGAAACCUGAUGUUAAUUGCCAUUUGCAGAAGACAGUUCCAGAUUUCUGUCACCUUUAGCAUUAAUUCCUAAUUUAAUUUCUAAAGGACUUGUUACUGAUAUUUAGAGUGUGCUCCCAGGUCUAGGACUCUCAGUCAAUGGAAGUGGUUUCAAGCAAUCUGCCCUAUCUGUUCAAUUUAACAUCUUUAAAAUGUUGAUCAAAUCUUCUCUGACCUUUCUAAAUUUCAGAGAAUGCAAUUCUAGGUUCUGUAAUGUCUCCUUGAAUUUGAAGGAUUCUCCCAUUGCUUUGAUGGAUGUGCUUUCUGCAAAUAAGGUUGAAAAAAACCAGUUUACUGGUUGAUGUCAUCUAGUGUGACGGUAAACUAGAUCUCUGAAGAAGUCAUACUGGACUUGAAAUGUUAACUGUUUCUGUAUCCACGGAUGCUGCCAGACCUGCUGAGUUUUUCCAACAUUGUCAUGUUUGUUUUAGACCAAAUCUUGAUUAGUUUAACUGAUUGUAAAUUCUGCAUGUGAUCAGUUCUGGAAUGAGAGAUGGUGGCAGUGGUUUUGACGUAAGACAACUCCACUCUCUGAAGUCUGUGAGUGAGCCUACUAAAUACUGAGCUUGCUUUUGCCAAGCUAUGAUUGAAUUCAUCAUGAAGAACCUCCUCAGGUAGCAAAAUCUGUACUGAAUAGAGCAGUGUAUUGUUAACUGUGGAGUUUAGAGUGCAUGGUUCAAGGUGGAGGUUGCUAAUUCAAGAUUCUCGCAGCUUAAACCUUAAGAAUUGUGUUGGCAAGCCUUUGAACUCCCACCAAGAUUAUCGUUACCUUCCAGAGGCAUUGACUCGAUUCUAUGGAAACUGCUAGCUCCCUGGCAUCCUGCUUAUGUGAGCCUAGAGAUUGCAAAUCUGGAAAGCAUUAUAAAUGUCAAAACCUCCCACUGCCUUUGCAUGUAGAUGGGUUGCUGGUAGUUAAUUAGGUGUGUUGUGGAUUCAACACUGACCAGGAAUUGUACUGUUCUAAUUUAAAUGCAUUGAGUGACAAAUUCAAAUACUGAUUUUAUUAGGAAACUACAUGUCAGUGCUACUGAAAUAAAAAAAGAUUAAUUUGGCUCAAGCGUCUUUUAAUUUUUUACAGAAAAAACUCUAUGGAACCAAAGUUCAGAGCACAUUUCUGACUGAUUUAUGCAGCAAUUUUGCUUUUUUCUUCGAAGUGCAUGAUAAAAUAUGGCAGAGUCAGCAUGGCUUCAUUAAGGGGAGGUCAUGCCUAACAAAUUUGACAAUUCUUUGAGUAGAUAAUGCAUAAGUUAGACAGGAGAAAGCCAGUGGACGUGAUCUGUUUGGAUUUCAAGGAGGUCUUUAACAGAGUCUUGCACAGGAGGCUGCGAAAUAACACCCUAUAAUACUAGGAGCUGGCAUGGAUGAGGAUUUGCAGAUUGGUAGGAGCCACAAACCAGUGGUUUAUCCCUGCAGUUAGGGGGGACAUCCCACCUGGUUGUGCAGCAUAUGGCUUCAUCUGCGAUGGCACCAGGAUCCUGGUAUUUGGAGGAAUGGUAGAAUAUGGAAAGUAUAGCAAUGAUAUGUAUGAAUUGCAGGCAAGCAGAUGGGAGUGGAAGAAAUUAAAACCAAAACCACCUAAAAAUGGUCCACAACCCUGUCCCCGCCUUGGUCACACCUUGUGUCUCGUUGGGAAUAAGUGUUAUUUAUUUGGUGGCCUGGCUAAUGACAGUGAAGACCCAAAGAAUAAUAUCCCAAGGUACUUGAAUGACUUGUACACUGUGGAGCUUAGAUCUGGAUCAGGAGUGGUAGGAUGGGAUAUUCCUGUUACACAUGGCACCCCACCUCCUCCAAGAGAAUCUCACACUGCUGUUGUUUAUAAAGAUUCAAAGAAACCAAAGAUGAUAAUUUACGGAGGGAUGAGUGGAUGUAGACUUGGUGACCUUUGGAUAUUGGAUGUGGAAAGCUUGGUUUGGACUAAACCAGCAACCAAGGGUUCGACACCACUCCCUCGGAGUUUGCAUUCUGCUACUGUUAUUGGAAAUAAAAUGUUUGUCUUUGGUGGCUGGGUACCACUUGUGAUGGAUGAUGUGAAAGUUGCCACUCAUGAAAAGGAAUGGAAGUGCACAAAUACACUUGCUUACUUACAUUUAGCAGAUGGCUACAUCUGGACACCGGUAGUCUCAGACACAUUGGAGGACAAUGUACCGAGGGCCAGGGCUGGCCACUGUGCUGUUGCUAUUCAUACUCGACUUUACAUCUGGAGUGGAAGAGAUGGCUACCGGAAGGCUUGGAAUAAUCAAGUCUGCUGCAAAGAUCUUUGGUAUUUGGAAACUGAAAAGCCCCCUGCACCUUCCCGUGUGCAGCUGGUAAGAGCUAGCACGAAUUCACUCGAAGUAUGUUGGGGUGCGGUUCCUACAGCAGAUGCCUAUCUUCUUCAGCUGCAAAAGUAUGAUAUACCACCAUCAGCCACCACCACCACCACAACUCCCAUGGCAACUCCAUCUUUGAGCAACACCACACUGCCACAGAAGACUUCUUGCAGCCCCGUUUCUCCUACGCCCGCUAUUCCUGCUGCACCUCUUCCUGUUGCUAAAGUCACUUCUCCCACUAGUGUGCUGAUCCCUGGAAUGACAAGUGCUGUAACUACAAUGCAGGUCUCUGCUGCUCCGGUGUCUGCAAUGCCUUCAGCAGCAGCCCAGCUGGUCACAGUCUCCCAGCAAGCUGUGCAGACAGUAAAAGCUGCUGUUUCUUCCUUACCGGCUGGAGUUCGUCUUGUUGUUCCAGCUCAAAGCACCACUAAUGCUGUUCCCUCUGUAGUUAGUGUGAACACACCAGCCACAACAAUGCUGAAGACAGCAGCUGCACAAGUGGCAACGUCAUCUGGUUCUCUGGGCCCAGCUUCAUCCCGACCUAUCAUCACUGUACAUAAAUCGAGUGCAUUGACUGUGGCUCAGCAGACUCAAGUUGUUACCACUGUCGUAGGCGGUGUCACCAAAACAUUCACGCUUGUCAAAAGCCCAAUUCAAGUUGGCGGUGGAGGUUCCUUGAUCUCCAAUCUGGGGAAAAUGAUGACUCUUGUUCAGACAGCUCCUGUACAAACUGGUGCUCCAAUCACAGGCCAGGCCACUGCUGGGUCUUUGGCACAGUUCAUCCAGGCAAAGGGUCCGUUUCCUCCGGGGACUAUCGUAAGACUUGUAACAGCAGCAGAUGGUAAGCCAGCAACAAUAAUCACAACUUCACAAGCUGGUGGAAUAGGUACAAAGCAAACGAUUCUGGGUCUUAGCAGUGUCUCACCAGCCAGCAGUAAACCUGGAGCAACCACCAUCAUCAAGACCAUCCCUGUUUCAGCACUGAUGGCUCAACCCAACGUUACAGGUGUAUCUGCUUCCCCUGGUAUAAAAUCUCCAAUAACAAUCAUUACAACAAAAGUAGUCACAUCAGGAACUGGAGCUCCAGCAAAGAUCAUUACAGCUGUGCCAAAAUUUACUACAGGGCAACCUGGAGUGACACAGGUGGUUCUGAAAACUCCCGGAACACCUGGUACCAUCCUGCGAACAGUUGGUGGGACUCCUGUCACAGUUAGUGGAGUCAGAUUAGUUACUCCUGUCACUGUAUCUUCAAGCAAGCCAACAGUCUCAACUUUGCUAGUAAAAGGAACAACAGGUGUUACUACAUUGGGUACUGUGACGGCUGCAGCAACCACAAUUCAUGCUGGAGCAACAGGUCUUGCUUCAUCAAACUUCACUACCCCAGUCACGGCUCUGGCGAGAAUAACAACGCUGGCCACUCAAGCAAUUAGCACAACUAUUGAUCCUGUGGCUGUGGCACCAACAACAUUGAAGGUUACACCAGGAAUUGUCUCAACGUCUUCUAUAGUUAGCACCGAGCCUGUGUUUGUGAUAUCAGGGGAAGCAGUGCCAUCUCGUGUAACUGGCUUGGUUGCACACACUAGUGAAACUCAGGUGCCAGUAGCUGCAGAACAAGGCACAACUGCAGUAACUGUGUCAGAUAAUAGCGUACAGACUUCAGAUCAACAAAUACAACAAGCAGCAGAAGAGCCAGCUCAUGAAACUACAGAAACAAAUACAACAAAUACAGCUACCUCCAGUACAGCAAACAUGUCUUUAAAUCAAAUUCAGCCACCAGAUGCAAGUAACAACGGGAUGCCAGAAAGUGUGCAUGGAGAAACAGCAACUGCAGGAACAACCAAUACAGCAACCACUGUGUCAGCAGCAUGCACUGGAGCAGUGACCACUGUUACACAAUCUACACCAACUCCAGGCCCUUCGUUGCAGGCUGCUUCAACAGCUUCAGAUGUUACUUCCAGCAGCAGUACGUCUUUGUCAGAUCUGAGCACAUCACAGUUGGCACCUGCCGCAGAGACUGUUCAAAACCCAGGGAGUUCUGAGAAUCAGCCGCCUUCCGAUCAGACGUUAAAGAACUUUGCUCAAGAAGCAAUGCCACAGUUGGCUGAAAAUCAGCCAUCUGAUCAGUCAGAGGCCUUCCAGGACCCUCAAGAGAAAAUGGAAGGUGGUAAAGCCCAGGAGCAGUUGAGUCAAAACUCAGAGCAGCAGCACCAGCGCCAUGUCGCUGCAACUGAGCCUUUAGUUGUUGAAACAAAACCAGCAGAUAGUAUCCAACACAAAACAACUGCUGGAGAUGUCCCAGUACCCUCAUUGCCAAAAGCCACAGAAUGCAGUGCAAUGAAGCCUCCCUCGGAAGAUCUUGCUUCAGAACCAGGUGUGCCUAAUGUAGAUUCUUCUCAGCAUUUGCAACAUUGCCAGAACCUUAUCAGUCAGACCCCUGAGCAGCCAGCACAACAAAAGGAUCCACUGCAAUCUCCAGUGUCUCUGAGUGCUCGUCCUCAAACAGCAGUGCUGAGUCCUAAUGAUACAAACAUACAGAGUAGUCAGCAAGGCCAGGUGACAGAGGAUGCCCACCAACCUACCACUUCAAGUCCUGCCAAUUCACUUCUAGCAUCCUCCUCCACGGCAGCUGUGUCACCAAAUGAAGUCUCUAAUAGUAAUCCACUGGCAAAUGGGAAACAAGAAAAUUCUUGUGCGCAAUUAAAGGUAACGCCAAAGAAAGAAGGCAAUGCGUGGUAUGAUGUUGGAAUCAUCAAAGGAACCAACUCUGUGGUAACUCACUAUCACUUGCCACCAGAGGGCAGCCAUGGAGAAGAUGCUAGUGCUAAUAUCCCAGACUACAGCAUGCUCAAAAAGCAAGAACUCCUGCCAGGCACUGCAUACAAGUUCAGAGUUGCUGGGAUCAAUGCAUGUGGAAGGGGUCCAUUCAGUGAGAUAUGUGCAUUCAAAACCUGUCUCCCCGGAUUUCCUGGAGCUCCAUCUGCUAUAAAAAUUACCAAGAGUGUAGAUGGUGCUCAUCUUACCUGGGAACCACCUGCGACGACUGCUGGCAAAAUUCUGGAGUACUCUGUUUAUUUAGCAGUGCGCAGCAUUCAAAUGCAAGAAUCAAAAUCUGGGAGCCCAGCCCAGUUGGCCUUUAUGCGGGUGUACUGUGGUGCGAAGCCAUCUUGUGUGGUAUCCUCAUCGCACCUAGCAAAUGCACAUAUUGAUUGUACAACGAAGCCUGCCAUAAUAUUUAGGAUUGCAGCACGGAAUGAGAAGGGAUAUGGACCAGCUACACAAGUUAGAUGGCUUCAAGACACCGGUGUACAAGGAGCCAAAGGCACUGCAAAACGACCGACAACAUCACCCGAUAGCACUAAGAGUGGCGGUGCCAAGAAAUCCAAGUCUGAAUGAUGAAUAGAAGAAAUUUUCUAUUUGCUGAAUGAAAGAAGUAAAGUACCGUCGGAUAGUAUUUGUAUUUAUUUUGUAAAUGUUUUGUAAUAUGUUUCUGUUAUACUCUUAAUCCCUAUAACUUGUGAGCUUCUUAGAGAAGGAAUUUAAUUUGUAUUAAUUGUACAAAGUACAUUUCUUGUUUUAGAACUGUGACAAUAGGCUUCAGGCAAGUUUUAAAUGAUAGCUUUUUAGAAACAUAAUGUAGAUUUUAAAUUUGUAUUAACAUUACUGUGUAGAGUUCGUGUAGGUGGCUUGUUUCUAAAGUGGCUUAUUCUGAAAUCACUACAGUAGUGACUGGAUGUUUGCUGUGCAAGCAGUGGUUUAAAAGAGUUUUCGAAGAAAUGUUGGUGUUUCACCUUGUUGCAGGUGGAUUAGGUAGGUCUUUAAAGCAUGUUUAUAUGUGGAUGAAGUUUGGGACCAAAAAAGGCACUACGGAGAAGCAGCUUCCUUCUCAGAGUAGCACUUACACAAAUUCUGAAUCACCAUUAGAAACAAAAGUUAUUAAACAACUUUUUUCUUUGUGUGUAUGUGUGUGCGCGUGUGACCAAAUGGCAUUUUGUGCAUGAUUUGUGAUGAAAAGUUUAAAACUGCUUUUUUUAUUUUAAAUUUUUAUACAAAUAUAAAAAUGAAAGAUGUAUUGGGUAUAUAGGAGUUGUAUGACCCCAUUGUUUACAAAAGACCCUACGAAACAUCACUAAAUUGGUUCAUCAUAAUCAUCAAGAUUUACCGUGCACACCCGCAUUCCCUCACAAAAGCUGCAGGGAAAAUCUAGGAUAGAGGUAAUGAUCACAGUCUUCCAGUAAACACUGUGACUGUAAAGUGGCACAAGCAAAGCAGUUGCUUUAAAUGCAUUUUAUUUCAAUUGUAUAGGUUAACUAAAUUGAAGUUCCUUUGACAAAAGCCUCUUGUUUUGGUGAACACAGCUAAUUGUGGGGUCAUGCAACUUUAAGGAUUCAUAACCCAAUCAUUUAAUCAAGCUGAUUGGGAUUGAAAACUAGUGCUUUAAUACUGGCGAAUUUCAUCAUAAAAUUGUAUAGCUCAGAAGACUACAUUUGCUGUGGCUAACCAGUGGGUUUCUAUUUAUCGUUGAACUCAAUCAUUUAUAACAAUUUCUUGCAUUUUUCUUUUUAUUUGCGUUUCUAUUUUUUUGUUUACCCAAUUACCAGUUCACCAAAUUGUAGCACAAAAGAUGCAGAGAAAUCCUGAGGUGAAUUUUAGAAAGCGCACACAAAGAUCUGCACAGAACACUUCUGUUAAACUUAUACUAACAGUUUCAGCUUUCAUGAGGUGCAUUAGGAAGUAUCAGUCCAGAGGAACGAUUUUUAGUAACAUUGCUGUAGUCGCUUCCGACAGAUGUGUAUAAAGCACUGCAAUAAUCUUUAAUUGGUAAGAUGUGUUAAGCUUUUUUGCAGUAAAUCCCUCUUUAAAUAAUUCUGUGCAGUUUAGUUUAAUUAAAAGGAUACACUUCCACCAGUGGGUAGAUCAUUUGACGUAUUUCCUCAUGCCUUAUGACUGGAUAUUCACUUUAUACCUCUAAUUCCAUUGAAAGCAAAAGUCUUUUUUAAAUUGAGAUGGAGACACUUUUUUAAUAAACUGGGCUAGUUAAGCUUCUCAGCAGUGCCCUUUGAAGACAGGUAUCUAAUUUUACAGCGAUAAAGUGUGACCUGAAGUAGAAUUUGCUCCAAAUGUUCAUGUUAGGUUUCGACUGUAAUGAAAAAUAAAGGAAAAAGUUGCUGAA